GCCUGGCGCGUGCGGUCACGUUUUCCACUAUGUGACAGCCGCCCGGCCUCGUAGCGCUGGCGAACUGCUGCAGCGUAGCUUCGCCUUCUUCCCGAGCUCAGCCAGCGGCCGCCUGGACGUUCGCCGCUCGCCUCUAGCCUCUCCGGUCCCGGUCUCAGCCCUGGCUCCUGAUUUUGAUUCGGCGAACUUCCGUGCGUUGUCACCGCUGCCUCCGCCUUCGCUGCUGCCGGGGAAGCUUAGGAGGACAGCAUGAACGAGUGUUCGGAACUGGCUCCCGCCCGUGGCAGUGGAGCCGAAGGUCCGAUGGAACCGAGGCCAGACGUGGCUGCCCUGCAAGAAGACGUUGAGAUGUGCAGCGGAUCGAGUGGAAACGAAACGAACGAGAACGAUUUCAGUGGGCGAGAGUCUCCCGUCAAUGACUCCGAUGAAAACGGCAAAGACUCCGCCAUGCUGGUGGAAUCUUCAGAGAGCCACAAGAGCAGUUCAAAUGCUUUUAGCCUGAUGAUUGGCAACUCGGACCACAAUCCAUCCACCAGUGGCUGCAGCAGUGAGCCGUCGGCCAAAGCCAGAACCCAGAAGGAGCUGAUCAAGGCGCUGAAGGAGCUGAAGGGCCACCUGCCUCCCGACAGGAAGGCCAAAGGCAAGCCCAGCAUGCUGGCGACCCUGAAGUACGCGCUUCGCAGCAUUAAGCAGAUCAAAGCCAACGAAGACUACUAUCAGCUCCUGAUGACCAGCGAGAGCCCUUCGGCCAGUCUGGACGUGCCGUCUUUCACAGUGAAGGAAGUGGAGACGCUCACCUCCGAGUACAUCGUGAAGAACGGGGACAUGUUCGCGAUGGCCGUGUCUCUGGUGACUGGAAAAAUCGUGUACGCGUCUGCCCAGGCGGCCUCCAUCCUCCCCUGCAGGAAGGACGCCCUGCGCGACGCCAGGUUCGUGGAGUUCUUGGCCCCCCAUGACGUGAGCGUCUUCCACAGCUCCACCGCCCCGUCCCGCCUCCCGGCCUGGAGCGUCUGCCGCAGAGCCGAUUCUCCCAGCCAGGAGUACAUGGAAGAGAAAUCCUUCUUCUGCCGCAUCAGCGGCGGCAAAGACCACGAGAGCCCCGUCCGCUACCAGCCCUUCCGCAUGACGCCCUACCUGGUCCGCGUGCAGGAGGGAGCCGGCGCCGACGUGCAGCUGUGCUGCGUGCUGCUGGCCGAGAAGGUGCACUCGGGCUACGAAGCGCCCCGAAUCCCGCCCGACAAGAGGAUCUUCACCACGACGCACACCCCGAACUGCUUGUUCCAAGACAUCGACGAGAGAGCGGUGCCCCUGCUGGGCUACCUGCCUCAGGACCUGAUCGGGACGCCCGUCCUGCUGCGCCUGCACCCGCACGACCGGCCCCUCAUGCUGGCCGUCCACAAAAAAAUCCUGCAGUACGGCGGGCAGCCCUUCGACUACUCUCCCAUCCGCUUCUGCACUCGGAACGGCGACUACGUCACGAUGGACACCAGCUGGUCCAGCUUCAUCAACCCUUGGAACAGGAAAGUCUCCUUCAUCAUCGGGAGACACAAAGUGCGCACGUGAGGGGCCUUUAAACGGGACGUCUUUGCUGCUCCCGCCUGCCCCGAAGAGAAAAGCCCCCAUGCCAGUGUCCAGGAGAUCACGGAGCAGAUCUACAGCUGCUUGAAGGCGGGUUUCUCUUUUCAGCCGGUCCACCACAGCGGCUCGAGUGGCUACGGCAGCCUGGGCAGCAACGGCUCGCACGAGCAUCUGAUGAGCCAGACCUCUUCCAGCGACAGCAACGGGCAUCUGCAGGAGGACUCGAGGAAGAGGAGGCCGAUGACCCGAAAAGGGACGACGAGUAAAGAGGCUCCGAAGGUCCCGAGUCCAGGCGCGGCUCCGAGCGAGAGGCAGGAGGAGAGCAGGGCGGCCGCUGCAGGAAGCCAAACAAAAGCGACGUUGGCGAUGGAGCAGGAGCGGGCGGCCGGCGGCCUGCCCAAGCCCGCCGGCCCCGAGGAGCCGGCCUGCAGGAGCCAGACCGUGUACUCGUACCAGCAGAUCAGCUGCCUGGACAGCGUCAUCAGGUACCUGGAGAGCUGCAGCGUGGCCGGCCCGCUCAAGAGGAAGUGCGAGGCGCUGCCCCCCGGCAGCCCGGCGGCCCCCUCGGACGAGGAGACGUCCAUGGCGAAGGUCUCCCUGAGUCCGGCCGUCCUGAAGACGGCGCAGGCGAGCGGGGCCCCCGUUGUGGGCGCUCACUUGACCUCCCUGGCGCUGCCCGGAAAAGCGGAGAGCGUCGUCUCCCUCACCAGCCAGUGCAGCUACAGCAGCACCCUGGUCCACGUCGGGGACAAAAAGCUCCAGCCCGAGUCAGAGAUGAUAGAAGACCCAGCCAGUGGGAUGGAGUCCCUGGACAGCGUGGCCGCCCCUUCUUCCCACUGCGACUCGAGCCCCGAGCAGGGGCCCCCCAAGAAGGUGGGCCUGACCAAGGAGGUGCUGGCGGCCCACACACAGAAGGAGGAGCAGAGCUUCCUGCACAGGUUCAAGGAAACGCGAAGGCUCAGCGCCUUCCAGUCUCGCUGUCAUUACUAUCUGCACGAGAGAUCCAAGGGGCGCCCGGGAGAGCGCGUUGUUCGCGGACUAAGAAGCAGCAUUUCGGGAGUGGAUUCCGCUUGGAAAAAAACGGGCAAGAACCGAAAGCAGAAGUCCAAGCGCCUCAAGCCGCAGGAGUCCUCGGACAGCACCACGUCCGGUGCCCACCUCCCUCCCCGCUCUCCGCUGCUCGGCCUCAAUUCCACGGCCUGGUCGCCCUCGGACACCUCCCAGGCCAGCUGCCCUCUGGCCCCGUUAGCUGCCCUCGUGCCCCCCUACCCUCUGCCCGUGUUUCCGUCCCCUGGCGUCGUCCCACCGGCCGCAGGAGCCCCCUCGGGCCCGCAGGUGCCUCUGAGCAGCGCGGGGCCCUCGCAGCACUACGUGUCCCUGCAGCCGCCGCCAGCCUUCCCGGCGCCGCUUGUGGCGGUCGUGCUGCCCGCUUACACGUUCCCCGCGCUGACCACCGGCCCGAGCGGCUGCCCGCAGCACCCCGCGUGCCCCUCCCCGGCGGCGUUGGUGGCGCGGCCCGAGCGCCCGGCUCAGGCUGCGUUCCCGUCGCAGACGGCGUGCCCAGCACGGCCGGCGCGUGCGGCCCGGGCGGGCGAGAGGGAGAGGCCGGCCGCUCCCGAGGCCCCCGACGGCCCGUCGCGCUGCGCCAGCCCACAGGAGCGGGGCUCCCCCCCCUUGUUCCAGUCGCGGUGCAGCUCCCCCCUACAGCUCAACCUGCUCCAGCUGGAGGACGUGCCCAAGGCGCUGGCGGACGGCGGCCCCGUGCCCGUCCCCGGGGCGCUGGGGGGGCACAGCCUGCCCAGCGAGGCGUCCCACGGGCAGACGGCGGAGCUCGCGGACAGAGCGGCGCCUCCCUGCAGGAUGGAACCGGCCGCGGACACCCACAGCAGCGACGCCCUCUCUGUGUCCAGCGACUUCCUGGACAUUCUGCUGGCCGAAGAUGGCCGCUCGGCCUCCUCCGGGAGCGGCGCCUCGGCCGCCUCCGAGUCCCUGGGCUCUGGCUCUCUGGGCUGCGGCACAUCCGGAACCGGCACAGGCGGCAGUGAGACGAGCCGCACGAGCAAGUACUUCGGGAGCGUGGACUCCUCAGAGAACGAUCAGGGGGUCCGAGCGGACCCCAGGCUGGGCGAGGGCGAGCGCUUGAUGAGGUCGGUGCUGCAGGACCCCAUCUGGCUGCUGAUGGCCGGCGCGGACCAGGAUGUCAUGAUGACCUACCAGGUGCCCCCCCGGAACCCGGAGGCCGUCCUGAAGGAGGACCGCGAGAGGCUGAAGCUGAUGCAGAAAUUCCAGCCCCGGUUUGGGGACGAGCAGAAGAGGGAGCUGCACGAGGUGCACACGUGGAUGCCCCGCGGGGCGCUGCCCAGGGCCCUCGACCUGGUGGAGUGCCCCGACUGCCAGGAUGGCCCAAGAGAGCGGGGCGACGCGCCCCACGAGGAGGACGGUCCCGCCAUGGAGCCGGCGGGGGCCUGCGGGGCCCGGGGGCACACCUAGCUCCUCUCUGGAGACGGGACUUUGGUUUCAGACAAAAGGCGAGUCGGGGAGGCCUUUUGCUCUGGAAGGUGGCCGACGUCCCGGGCGCUUCCCGGGCCGCCCUCUGUAUUUAUGGAGCCGCUCGCUCUCUGCGAACUGCCGCUUAGUCCCGGGGAAGGAAGGGAGGCCGGAGGCGGCCUCGGCGGCCCCCCUGGAGGAGGAAGCCCCGACAAAGCCCAAAGGAGGGGAAGAAGCGGCCCCUGAGGAGCUGGUGGCGGCAGAGGAGGCGCGGCCGGCGCCAGGAUGGCGGCUCCCGGGUUCCGCAGAGCCCCUCCGGCCCCUCCGCAGGCCCUCCAGGAGGCAGAAAUUGUUCUGGGAACCAGCCACCCCUGUGGUGUCCGGCGGGGGACGCGCAGCUCCCCGACAGUUUGGAGUCUGGAGACGAGGGAGAAGCAGCACUGGGGGCUCGAUGCAGGCGCUGAAUGUCUCGAGUCGGCUCGAGGCGCCACGUUGGGGCUCUUCGGCUCAUUCUGGGUCCAGAAUCCGGCCCGGCGUCUUUCUGUGAAGUGGCCGCACGGCUGGACGGCUGGACAGCUGGACGGCUGGACGGCCGGCCAGGCGCCGUUGGGAGCCGAGCCUCUGGGGAGGGGCUCGCGCCGUCCGUCCGUCCGUCCUUAUUUAUUGUGCGUCUCGCCUUGUUCUGGGCCUUCUGGCCGGAGGAAGGUCACCUUUUUAUGACUUUUUUGCCUUUUAGACAAUCGGCUGAAUAAAGUGAAUCUAUUUU